AAACAGAGAAGUAUAAGAGAUGUUGUAAGGCAGGUAUGUUUCUCAUUGGCUCAUAAAUCUACUAACACGACAGGAAAACUCUGAAGAAAAGGCUUCAUCAUGGCUCGACUGACCAUCCUGGCUGGUUUGGCACUUCUGAUGUGUCUUCAGACUGUUUCUUCCACCAAACUGGUGUGCUACUUUACCAACUGGUCCCAGUACAGGCCGGGGGUUGGAAAAUACACCCCUGACAACAUAGAUCCAAACCUCUGUACGCACCUCAUCUACGCCUUCGCCACAAUCAGCUCCUCCAAUGAGCUGUCUACGUUUGAGUGGAACGAUGAUGUUAUGUAUAAAUCCUUCAAUGCACUGAAGAACAGAAACCCUCAGCUGAAAACUCUGCUGGCUGUCGGUGGGUGGAACUUUGGAACAACACAAUUCAGCCUCAUGGUCUCAUCUCCGGCCAACCGUCAGGUGUUCAUCCAGUCUUCCAUCAGAUUUCUGAGACAACAUGGCUUUGAUGGACUAGAUCUGGACUGGGAGUACCCGGGAUCACGAGGAAGCCCACCAGAGGACAAGAAAAGGUUCACGUUGCUCUGCCAGGAAUUACUUGCAGCAUUUGAGAAGGAAGCCGCUGAAACCAAAAGACCGAGACUGCUGCUCACAGCUGCAGUAGCGGCUGGAAAGGGGAAUAUUGAUAACGGCUAUGAGAUUGCAAAUGUAUCCAAAUACUUAGACUUUGUAAGCGUCAUGACCUACGACUUCCAUGGAGCCUGGGAUUCAUUCACUGGCCACAACAGCCCUCUAUACACCAGCUCUGCUCUAACUGGUCAACAUGUCUACUUUAACGUUGACUUUGCCAUGAAAUACUGGAAAGAUCAAGGAGCUCCUCUAGAAAAGCUGCUGGUUGGUUUUCCCACAUAUGGUCGCACAUUUCGCACUUCAGCAGCAGCAGCUAGCGGUGUUGGCGCUCCAGCCAGUGGAGCAGCCUCUGCUGGGUCCUUUACCCGGGAAGCAGGAAUUUUCUCUUAUUAUGAGGUUUGCAGUUUCCUUGAUGGAGCCACCACCCACUGGAUUGAGGAACAAAAGGUUCCCUAUGCAGUCAAAGGCAAUGAAUGGGUGGGAUUCGACAACAAGCAGAGUUAUGCAAUCAAGGCACAGUAUGUGAAAGAUAACAACUAUGGUGGAGCAUUGGUCUGGUCUCUGGAUCUGGAUGAUUUUGCUGGACAAUUCUGUGGUCAGGGAAACUAUCCUCUUAUUAGAUAUCUGCGUUCUCUUCUGGAUUCAGAUACCCCACCAAACCCUGCUGUAACCACAGUAGCACCAGUUUUUACAACAAACCAGCCUGGCCACAUUUCAACCAAAACUGCCCGCCCGAAAACUGGGAAAGCGACCACAAACAAGCCCAACCCUGUUACAUCCACAGCAGCUGCUGGCACGACCACUCCCAAAACAACCAAAUCUCCUGUUUCUGGAAGCGGUUUCUGUCAUGGAAAGCCUGAUAGUAACUACAGAAAUGACAAAGACAGAACCACCUUCUAUCAGUGUUCCAGUGGAAACACCUACUUACAGAGAUGUCCUGUAAAUCUGGUUUUUAAUGACAGAUGCAACUGUUGCGAAUGGCCCUAAUUAAAGAUACCAUUUAUGAAAUUGG